AUGAAAGCUGCUCUAAUCUUGUGUUUGUUAAGCAUUUCACUUGCUAGAUUAUAUGUCCCAGAAGAAAGCUCGAAUCUCCUGAAAUCCACCCAAAAACCAUUUUCAGAAGAUGAGGAAAUUUAUGAAAUUAUUGAAGGAGUUUUGCAAAGUAGAAACUAUACUUAAAAGUCUUAUACAGCCAUAAGUGGGGCCCUCACUAGCCGGAAUCCUUUGAUUCCAGGAAAGGUGUUACGCUGGGUGAUUAUUUACCUGAGCACAUGUGGAGUAAGGCCCAACAAAAUUCCACUCACCUAAUUUUAUGGCGAAACUCGCCUAACCUAAGAAUCAGCUCCCUAGAUUAGAGCCACUCUUUGUCGGGUGCCCCCUAUUACAAAGAUUUUGUGGAAGGUAGCUGAUCUGGCAGGGAUAUCUUCCCCAAGCCUGAAGCCUACUUCAAAAGAGAUAGAGUAUUAUUUUCAGCUUUAUCAGAAUGGGUCCGACCAAUCAAUAUGGAGUGCGUCUCGAAGACUAAUUUCCGUCAAAGUCGCCAUUUUGAGUUUUGCAAGGAAUUGCAUCGGAGUCAGAAGUUAAUGAUAUUCAAGAUUGUCUUACCGAUCUCCUCUCUAUUAAAGUUCAUUUAACCAAAGCUAUUAGUCUUUUUAAGCAAGCUUCAGUAGUUUCAGCACUUGAAGGUCUAAAAGAAAUUAAAAAAGCUUUCUCAUCACUUCCAAAAAUUCUUUCAGACUGUGGUGGAUCUUUGAGAGACUCCCCUAAAGCUUACCAUGUCCUCAAUGUUUUUGAAAACCCUCUAUCAUUUGAAUAUGAUGAAGACGUUAUGGUAGUUAACGGAGUCGAUAUUCACAAAGACAUCUAUGAUGCCAUUCAAGCUUAUGAAGCCAAAAAAUGGAAAUUAUUUGGGUUCUACAUAGGUGCUUCUCUUAUGAAGGUUCAAGGAACUGGAAUAGUCGUUAUAGCUUAA